UUCAGGGUUGCUUGAAUUGCGCGAUUUGCAGCAUGGUCAAGCGAACCCUGUCCGAGCCCCCAGAGACCGCCUCGCCAGAUCUGAAGCGAGUGCGUGAAUCGAGUGCGUCGAUCGAUCCGGACGAUGCAGCGAGCGAGCAGGACAACGGCGACGACAUGACUGAGCAGCAGCAGCAGAGUCCGUGGCGGGAAAAUCAAGACAACGCCGCACUCGCGGGCGCGUCUCGUGGCAGCGUGCUGUCCGACUACGAGCGCCAGCGUCUGGACAAUGUGCGCAAAAACCAUGCCAUGCUUGCUGCGCUGCAGCUGACAACGGCUCGAAGCGAUCUCGGUCUGACGGCAAGUGCUGGCAAGAGCAGUCCAUCCCCAAGUAUCAUCAAGGGCAGUGCAUCUGCGAGCUUGGCGCGUCGAAAAGCGCAGCAAGAGCCGAAUACGAAUACCCCGACACGCAGGUCUGCGCGCUUGGCAAUCGCAGCCGAUCCGACCAGCGCCCAAGCUGCCGAGCGAGUCCCAGUCGAGCCAGCGCUAUCUGAGGAGCACUUCCGUCACCGCUGGGCGAGCAGCAUGUUGCCCGCGCGGUCGCUGAAUGUCCCUGCGUCCAUCGGUCGCGCAAUCCUCGACGAGCUGGCCGUCUAUCAAAGCACACCGCCUCCAGUGCGCUCCGGCAAAGCAGCCAGCAGCAUUGUGCAGACAUACUCGUCGCUGCGCAUGGGCUUUCAUCGCUUGGCCAAAGUCGUGCCCGACCGCAUCAUGCAUGUGCGCUUCCACCCAAUGCACUCUCGAUUAAUUGCUGCUGCUGGCGACUAUUGGGGCCGCGUGGCCUUCUGGGACGUCGAUUACCCAUGGAGUGGCUCGACCAAGCCAACAUCAUCAGUGUCGUCCUCGUCUGCUGACUCCGAGGUGGCUGAAGCUGAAUCGCAAGCCGAGCGCGCUCCGUUGCGUUUGCGCAACCCUGGAGAGCUCCUCCAAAGCCAAGCUCAAGAGUCUACACUGCCCUCUCCAACCAUCAGUCAGGCUGUCAGCGGGUCUGGUGGUGAUGAUGAGGAGGAGGAGGAUGCCCCGAACGAAGGCAUUUAUGUCUUUCAGCCGCACCAAAAGUCGGUCUCGUCGAUUGCUUUUUUGGGGUCGGGUGGCUCGACCAUGAUUACUGCCAGUUACGACGGCACCGUGCGGCGACUUGAUAUGGCUUCGGAGCACUUUGACGAAGUGUUUGCCCUGGACUGGGAAGACGACGAUCACACCAUCCAGUAUCUCGAUCCGCACCCCAGCCAGAACGGCACCUUUUUGGGCUGUUCGUCCGACGGAUCUGGCUUUUUGAUUGACACUCGAGCGUCUGCAGGCUCGGGUCUACCUUCUCCCAACAGGCGAUCGACUUCGAGGCAGGUGGAGUCUGCUGCGGCCGAGUUGUCAUCGCCGUUCCGAACUUACAAACCUGUCUGGCAGCACACGCUCCACACCAAGAAGGCCAACACCAUACAGUUCAAUCCAGCCAACAGCAAUUAUUUUGUCACGUCCGGCGUGGAUGCCGCCGUGCGCAUCUGGGACGUGCGCAAGCUCAGCGGCAAAAAGGCUUCGGCACUGCUGGCCCUCGACGAAUCGCGGCUGUCUGUGACGUCUGCCUUCUUCUCUCCCCAUGGCGAUCGCCUUUUGACAACAAGUCUCGACCACCAUUUGCGCAUUUACAACAACGUCCAGCUCGUCGCACCUGCUCAACAACCAGCUUGUCACGAACUGGCGCACAAUAACCAGACGGGCCGUUGGCUCUCCACCUUCCAUGCUGUGUGGGAUCCCAAGCACAACGACACGUUUGUCUGCGGGAGCAUGGAUCACCCUCGUCAGAUCGAAGUCUUCCACCUCGCUGAGAAAACGGGUUUGGCGUCGCGAGUCGUUUCGUUGCAGGACGAGUAUCUGGGCUCUGUCAUGUCGCGACUUGCAGUGCAUCCUAGUCGCGAUGCUGUGAUGGGCGGGAAUAGCAGUGGUCGAGCCGUUGUGUUUGCUUCCUGAGCAAAUCGUCGC